GUAGAGGAGGCGGAGCUCUCUCUAACCCUGCCCUCUCCCCAGGAGGCGGAGCUGGUGGGUGUGCCCCCAGAGGAAGUGGGGGCAGCUCUGCGGUACUCGGGGACGGAGCUGCCCCUGCCCUGGCUGCGCUCGGAGCUGCCCGCGGUGCUGGACGCGGUGGUGGAACAGGCCACGGAGCGGGGGGCAGGCGCCGAGCUAGGUGCCAUCACACAGCAGGAGGCUCGCGCCGCCUGGACCCAGAGCCAGGGCGACCUGGAUGAGGCUGUGAGCCGCUGCCUGAGCACCCGGCGCUGCAAGGUGCGAGAGCUGGCGGCGCUGGGGUUCGCAGAGCGGGGGCCGGUGCUGCAGGCGCUCUACCAGAACGGGGGCGACAUGUGGGGGGCCCUGACGGAGCUGCAGCGCCUCCAGCUGGAGCCCUUCCACCGGCGCAUGUGGGACCUGGCCGAGCCCGAGAUCGACUUCCACGCACCCGACCGGCAGGCGCUGCUGCGGCGGCUGCUGGCCUCGCUGGCGCUGCCCAGCUGGGGGCGGGCGGAGCUGGUGCUGUCGCUGGUGCGGGAGCAGGAGGCGGUGGAGAACCGGGGGAGGCGGGCGGCCUUGGCCGACAUCGUGGACGCCGUGCGGGCCUCCCCCGACCGCGACUUCAUCAAACGCCUGCUCAACUGGGAGUGCGCCGUGUGCGGCUGGGUGCUGCCCCGCAACCAGAUGCAGUCGCUGACGUCCUGCGAAUGCACCAUCUGCCCCGACUGCUUCGCCCAGCACUUCACCAUCGCCGUGAAGGAGAAACACAUCACGGACCUGGUGUGUCCGGCCUGCGACGCGCCCGACCUGAGCGACGAGGCCGAACUGCUGGGCUACUUCUCCACGCUGGACAUCCAGCUCCGCGAGUGCCUGGACCCCGAGACCUACGAACUGUUCAGCAAGAAGCUGACGGAGCGGGAGCUCAUGCGGGAUCCCAAGUUCCAGUGGUGCACCCACUGCUCGUUCGGGUUCAUCUACGAGUCGGAGCAGGCGGCCGCCCAGUGUCCCCAGUGCAACCAGAGCUUCUGUGUCCACUGCAAGCGCGCGUGGGAGCCGCAGCACCAGGGCCUGUCAUGCCAGGAAUUCCAGGAGUGGAAGAGAACCAACGACCCCCAGUACCAGGCGCAGGGGCUGGCGGUGUAUCUGCAGGAGAACGGAAUCGCCUGCCCCAAGUGCAAGUUCCCCUACGCGCUGGCCCGGGGGGGCUGCAUGCACUUCCAGUGCUCGCAGUGCAGGCACCACUUCUGCAGCGGCUGCUACGGGGCCUUCUACACCAAGAACAAAUGCCCAGUGCCCUCGUGCCCGGUUCGCCAGUCCCUGCAUGGGCACCACCCCCGCGACUGCCUCUUCUACCUGCGCGACUGGGACGUGGGGCGGCUGCAGCGCCUCCUGCAGGAUAACGGAGUUGUCUUCAAUACGGAACCCCCCACUGGGACCCGCCCAGCGCCUGGAGGUGGCUGCCGCGUGAUGGAGCAGAAGGAGACACUGGCCGGGCUGCGGGACGAGGCCUGCGGGAAGGAGACGUCCCCUGGCUACGCCGGCCUCUGCCAGGCGCACUACAAGGAGUACCUGGUGAGCCUGAUCAACGCCCGGGCGCUGGACCCCGCCCGGCUCUACGCGCUGCCCGAGCUGGAGACCGUCUACCAGCGCCACCAGGGGGCGCUGCCCCCCCGGCCCCCCGGCGAGCCCGAGGACACCUACCGCGGGCGUCUGCUGCAGAAGCUGAUGGAAGAGGUGCCCCUGGGCCCCAAGAUCUUACGGCAGCGGCAGUGACCCCCUCCCCGGCCGGCCUGGAAGAUUGGAGAAGAUGCUGCUGUGUGGGGAGGGGAGGCCUGGGGGGAGGAUUCGAUUUUAGCUGAUUUGGGGAGUCGUGUGAGAACCCCUCUGUCCUGAACCCCAAUUCCCCAUCCACAGCAUAAGGGACCCCAGAGCAGCAACCAGUGGGGUCCCUGAGUCCCCAUCUGGGGGUCAUCUGACAUUGGAGUGAGGGGCCUGCCCAUCCCCCUUGUUGGGGACUCUGGGGGGCUCAGAAUAGUGGGGUUCAAGCUCCUCGGGGUAACACAAACCGGGAUUUGGGGGUUCAAGGGACAGAACAUUGUGAGACCCAAUAAAACAGUCUGAUCCAAG